AUGGCAUCGAUAGCCUCAUCACUGCAGGCUGCGCUGCCGAAGCCCAAGUACACGGGCGAGGAGGAGCAGGUGCCACGUCACGCGCAGCAGCGGGGGCCGCGCAUCGUCGGCGCUGGACAACUCGAUGAGACGCAGGUCGUUCUGAAGCGUUCGGGCCCGCCGCCAUACGGCCAACGAUCAGGAUGGCGUCCGAGAGGACAAGAAGACUUUGGCGAUGGAGGCGCCUUUCCCGAGGUCCCUGUGGCCCAGUACCCGCUCGGUAUGGGCAAGAAGGGCGAGACGAAGAGCAACGCGUUGGCUGUGCAGGUUGACGCAGAAGGCAAGGUGAAAUACGAUGCCAUCGCCAGGCAGGGCCACACCGAGGGCCGUAUUGUGCAUACCUCUUUCAAGGAACUCAUCCCCCUCAGGCAGCGGGCCGAUGCGGGCGAAAUAGACCUCUCGCGACCGGACAAGGAGGCCGUCGCGGCGACGACGGACAAGACGCGAGAUGCCCUGGCCAAGCUCAUCAGCGGCGCCGUGGCUGCGCAGAAGCCCAAGAAUGUCAACACGGGCAACCGAAAAGACGCCACGUUUGUGCGAUACACCCCGGCGAAUCAGAUGGGCGACAACUCGAAGAAGCAGGACCGAAUCAUGAAGAUUGUCGAGCGGCAAAGGGACCCGUUGGAGCCCCCCAAGUUCAAGCACAAGAAGAUACCCCGCGGACCGCCGUCGCCUCCGCCGCCUGUCAUGCACUCGCCGCCCCGCAAGCUCACAGCUGAGGACCAAGAGGCGUGGAAGAUCCCGCCCCCGGUGUCCAACUGGAAGAACCCCAAGGGAUUCACCGUGCCGCUGGACAAGCGGUUGGCGGCCGACGGGCGCGGUCUCCAGGACGUGGUCAUCAACGACAAGCACGCCCAGGUCACGGAGGCUAUCAAGAUGGCGGAGCGCCAUGCGCGCGAGGAGGUGCAGCAGAGGGCCAAGAUGCAGCAACGCCUGGCCGAGAAGGAGAAGAUGCAGAAGGAGGACAACCUACGCAACCUGGCCCAGCAGGCUCGUGCGGAGCGUUCCGAAGCGAUACGCAAACGCCGGGACUCGGCAGGCUCCAGGGACUCACGCGACGACGACACUCGGAGGUCGCGUUCCCGAUCGGGCAGCUACAGCAGCUACUCUGGAUCCGGCAGCGAAGACGAGGAGGACAAGGCGAUCCGCGAGCGUGAAAAGGCGCGCAAGGAGAGACUGCGCGAGGAGGAGAGGAAGCUGCGCCAGAACCGCAUGGGCGCCGAGCGGCGCAUGCAGGUCAUGGCCCGCGAGCAGAACCGUGACAUCUCCGAGAAGGUGGCCCUGGGACUGGCCAAGCCCACCCAGUCCAAGGAGACAAUGUACGACUCGCGCCUGUUCAACCAGACCAGCGGCUUCGAUAGCGGCAUCAACGAGGACAACCCCUACGACAAGCCCCUUUUUGCCGCCCAAGAGGCCAUCAGCAGCAUCUACCGGCCCAGAGCCAACGUUGACGAUGAUGACGACCCGGAGGCUGGAGACAAGGAGAUGGCCAAGAUUCAAAAGUCGAGCCGGUUCGGUGAGGCUCUAGGAAAGGGUACAUUCAAGGGAGCUGGUGAAGUCGAGGCCCGCGAAGGACCCGUCCAGUUUGAAAAGGAUGCCCCAGACCCUUUCAACGUCGACAAGUUCCUCUCCGAGGUGGAGCAGUCGACGUCGUCUAAGCGAGGGUACGGCCUGCAGGAUGAGGGAAGCAGCAGCAGAAAUACGAAGCGGGCUCGCGUCGAGGGCGAGGACGACGAUUAA